ACCACCAGGAGUUCAACACCGAUGCCACAGCAGCAGGUAAUGAAGACACUUACAGUAGACGUCUGAUGAAUGUACCAUCUACUCACUGCAGAUAGGUCUGAAAAAUGGGUGUAAUGAAGUGCAGAACUGUAUAUAGUAUCAUAUAAAGCAGGGCAAAAGAGCACUACAAGAUACAUGAAGAAAACUGCUACUGGGAGUCAUGCAGGAACAAAAUGAAGCUCAAAGAGAAGCUGGCCUACAAAAUGAGGACUGUGUUGUCUCCGCGCACGUGUACAGAGCUGAAGCAUCAGCCCUCACUCACCUUGGCGAAAUGCAGGGAAGAAAUGAGACGCAGCCAGCGAGAUGGGACAGGGUGGAUCAUGUGCCAUCAGUGCCAAGAAUAAGCAGAGACUCUGUGACACAAUACCUUCAGUACAGACCUGACCAAUCAGUUCUCAUUCUCCAUGCCAGAGUCGCUCAGAAGUCCUAUGGUAAUGAGAAACGAUUUUUCUGUCCUCCUCCUUGUGUUUACCUGUGUGGAGCUGGAUGGAAUCUCAGACAAGAACAUCUCAAAGCAUCAGGUCUUGGUGAGUCUAGUUGUCAUGUGUGGGGAUAUAUGGGUCUGGAUGGCUCCCCUGGGACACAAACAGACAACUUCAAGCUGAGUUUUGAAGAACAAACAGAAAGAAGGAUGUUUGCCUGUGCCAAAACCCUAUAUAUCUCGGAUACAGAUAAACGGAAACACUUCCGUUUGCUGCUUCGUCUGUUUCAAAGUGGAGGGCAGGAGAUCGGAUCUUUUCAAAGUGGACUCAUUAAAGUCAUCUCCAAACCAUCACAGAAAAGACAAUCCAUGAAGAAUGCAGAUUUGUGUAUCCCAUCUGGUUCAAGAGUGUCAUUGUUUAAUCGCCUGAGGUCUCAGACAGUCAGCACACGUUACCUUGCAGUGGAGGGUGGAGCUUUUGUGGCUAGUGCCAGACAAUGGACUGCUUUUACUGUCAUUCUAGUGGAGGAUCAGCAGACUGACCGCAGUGAUUACUCUGUGUGUGAAAGUUAUAUCUGUUAUGGUGCUGUGGUUCAGCUGGUAUGCACCAUUACAGGAGUUACACUGCCACCCAUGGUGAUUCGUAAGGUGAAUAAGCAGCAUGCAUGUCUGGACAUAGAUGAGCCAGUGUCCCAGCUUCAUAAAUGUGCAUUUCAACUAAGAAACAGCAAGCACAUGUACCUGUGCCUCUCCAAUGAAAAGAUCUUACAGUACCAGGCUUCUCCAUGUCCAAAGGAGAGCAGUCGAGAAUUGUUGAAUGAUGGUUCAUGUUGGACCAUCACUGGUACAGAGGUUGUUGAGUACACCUUCAGUGAGAGCCUGACCAUUAGACCAACUCUCAUCAGCCCCAUCCCUGUCAUUAAUGGACUGGAGCUAAAUGGAGGAGGCCAUGUGGCCAUGUUAGAGCUCCAUGGAGAAAAUUUCAGUCCUUACCUAAAGGUCUGGUUUGGAAACAUGGAGGCUGAAACUAUGUUCAGGAGUCAGAGGUCUUUGCUGUGUGUUGUGCCUGAUAUUUCAGUGUUCGGUGGAGAGUGGCGAUGGUACAGGCAGCCCAUCACAGUCCCUUUGUCUCUAAUACGAUUGGAUGGGAUGAUCUACAGAAGCUCAUUUACAUUCACAUACACACCAGAGCAUGGCUCUGCCUUUCAGCCAUGUGCUACCACUGAGAGAACUGCCAACUCAGACACAUUGAUUGACACCAUACACCAGGAGUUCACUAGAACCAAUUUUCACCUGUUCAUGCAGAGCUGAAAGAGAUUGAUUGUAAAACACAUUAAAAAAUAACUUCAAAACUCAUGUAAAAUAUUUUGGCUUUGUCCAAUUCAAAAAUAACAUACAUAAAAUAAAAUACAAUAUGUGCCAAUAUGCUGGAGUUGUGUGUGAACAUCAAAAAUGAAAACAAAGCAAUGACACGCCAUUCUCAAGAAUUAUUAAGCUGCAAUGACAUCUGCAAACAGCAUCUUAGCAAAUGGAAAUACUUUGAAUAUAGUCAAAGUUAGUUAUUUCUACAAUGCACCUCCAAAUGCAAACAUGGAGGUCUUGGACUACAACACCUACAUGCCACGUCCAGUAUCACGCUCACUGUCACCCAAUUGCUGAUUGCACACAUCUGGACUCAAUCGCCACUAUAAACUAUUCGUUCCACAGUAAUUAACACUGCAAACUAUUUGUUUAUCUCUGUGUUUACAGCUGAUGUACUAGGCCUUCUAUUCAGAGCUGCUGAUUCUGGUUUUGACCUUUGUUUAAUUGUUUUAUGAAUCUUGCAUUGCUCUAGAAUAAUAAUCCCCUAGUCUUUUGCCUGCCUUUGCAUCUUGACUUCUGCAUCAUGAUUUGAAUUGGUUGUUGCCAAUUCUUUUAAUAAAAAGCACUCU